AUGGAUAAAUAUUUUAAAGGAAAAAGGAUACUUGUUACUGGAGGAUGUCAAGGUAUUGGACGUGGAAUAGCUUUAGAAUUAUGGAGGCAAGGUUCAAAUGUUGUCGUUAUUUCAAAUCAACGCGAUAAUUUAGAAAAUCUAAAAAAAGAAUAUCCUACUAUUGACGUAGUGUGCGUUGACCUAGCAGACUGGGACAAAACCAGGGAAGCUGUAGAUUCUUUAGGUGUCUUCGAAGGACUCGUCAACAAUGCUGGAGUAGCUAUAACUGCACCAUUUUUUGAAUGCUCUCCAGAAAGCUUCGACAGGACAAUGGCAGUAAAUGUAAAGUCUAUUCUUAAUAUUAGUCAAAUUGUGGCAAAGAAAAUGGUUGAUAACAAAAUAAAAGGAUCUAUUGUAAAUAUUUCAUCACAGGCUUCUAAAAGUGCUCUAAAGGACCACACUGCAUACUGUGCCUCAAAAAGUGCCGUUGACUCUUUAACAAGAGUAAUGGCCUUAGAACUGGGACCACAUGGAAUUCGUAUCAACACUGUUAAUCCAACAGUUAUAAUGACAGAUCUGGGGCGCAAGGUCUGGUUCUCAGAUCCGUCAAAUGCGGAGGCUAUGCUUUUGAAGAUACCUUUGGGAAGGUUUGGAGAGGUACACGAAGUUGUCAAUACAGUUCUGUUCCUCCUGAGUGACGCCGCCAGUAUGAUCACGGGAGUCCAUCUGCCAGUGGACGGAGGAUACCUAGCUACAUAG